UAAGUAUAGUUGUGCAGUUAAAUAGAUCAGGGGUAAUAGUACUUGUUGUAAUAUGUAGUUCUACUUCAUCAAAUCCAUUUCAAUGCAUCAAGCAAAAGAGCUGUAACCCCAUGAAUAGCCUAGGCUAGUCUAAUAAUAUUUUAAGACAUUUUUAUUUUAUGAUAUUAAAAACAUUAGGCUACACUAAGCUAAUGAAAUCUUCCCAUAAACUUAGCCUACUCGGCUUUAAUUUUUGCUUCGAUUUUGACUGCCCUACCCGUCAAUGAGGGGUAAUCUAAUUGAAGGAAGCAUUGAUAAAUUAGAAGCAAAUUUGACUAGAAAAUUAAACUUGUUGUUUAAUCAGAGUAUCAAAACCAAUGUUGGAAUCAAGAAGCUUUUGUCUCUAAAUUAUGUUAAGGAAAAUUCUGAAAACAAGGCAGACAUCUUGGAUAUUGAUAACAGUUUAAGCAUAACCAACGAAAGUGAACCUGUUGCAACAAACACAAGUGAAUCAAACCAACAAAAAUCCCCAUUGGUUGAGAGGAUAGCUAACGAAAUACAAGAGGCAGCUGAGGGUGUUCAAAUUGAAUCCGAAGUGUUCACAGCAGAAAAAAGGUGCAGUCGCAGUCAGGCCAAAAAAAGGUUAUCGUCUGUGGAGAGAAGGAGAAAAGAAAAGGAAGUAGUUGAUGUAAAUGAAGAAGAAGACGUGAGCCCAAGCGCAAAUGACGACGAUAAGAACAAAGAUGGUGGCCAUGUUUCUAAUGCUCAACGAAGUGUAGCGUCAAGUGAAAAUAAGCCUCUUAAGACUUACUCAAGUGUUGUAAAUAAUCUCCCAACUCAAAGAAACCGUAUUUCCUCACGGAAUAUAAAUACAGUAGUCCCAAAUCAAGUGAAAAAUAGGAGGAGUGUCAUUAUCGGCUCCGGUAUAGUAGAGAACAACCUGAAAUCAGCGUGCAGAAGAUCUCAACUAUUUGUCUCUCGUGUGUCCCCUAAUACAUCGUGUGAAGACUUACUAGCCUACUUGUCACGUAAAGGCAUAGCUGACAGAGAGUGUUUGGAAUUGAAAUCAAGGUUUUUAACAUACAAAUCAUUUAAAGUGAGUGUUCCAGAGGAGUUUGAAAACGAAGUGCUCGAGCCUAAAUUUUGGCCUGCUGGUGUGUUGGUGAGAGAAUUCUUGCCAAGUAAAGGACCCCGGAGCCAAAAAAGCCAAAAUAGAUCUUUUUUAGGCCGAACCAUAUACAAGACACUGCAAACAUAGACCCAUCCAUUGUCGUUGGUGAUUUUAGGCUUGGUAGUAAACUUAGUGUGCCUGAAGAAACAGUUACAAGCCUAACGGAAGUGAAAAUUGUAUCACUCAACGUUCAAUGUCUUAGAAAUAAAUGUGACCUCAUAUCUGUCUUUAUUGAUGAGGUAAGUUGCGAUUUUCUGUGUAUUGCUGAACAUUGGUUAGAGGACAGUGAACAUGAUUUUUAUAGGACUAUGAAUAACCUAACACUUGUAAAUAUCUACUGCCGUAAAACUCAUAAAAAUGGUGGCACUGCUAUCUAUGCAUCUAACAUUUUCAGGCCUAACUGUAAACCAAUAGACUUAAGUGAUUUUUGUGAAGAACUUGUUUUUGAAGCCACGGCUAUAGAAAUAUUAAGUACUAAGACAAUAUUGUUGUCAGUCUACAGAUCUCCUGCCAGUGACUUUAAAGUUUUCCUUUCCCAACUUGAACUGUGUCUCGAUCACAUAUCUAAAUCUGACAAAAACAGCAUAGUUAUCUGUGGCGACUUUAAUGUGCACUUAGAGAAACCCUCACCCGAGGAGUUUGCCUUUGUGAACCUUCUUCGCAGCUUUGGACUUUACAUUCCCACGAGGCUUCCAACACGAGGGGAGGCUUGUCUGGAUGCUGUAGCAACCAAUUACAACUCUUGGGACAUUGAGGCGGAGGUGGUAAGGCCUCAUAUUGCUGACCACGACGGUGCGGUGGUACUCACAGUCAAGACUACUAAGACAGACCCCCUGGAUUCGGUUAAGGAUCUCACCCAAACACACAACUUUAACUGCUGGACGAAGAGGGAAAGACCUAGAGGAUCUCCGUGGAGAAGCUACUGUCCUACUGGAAGAAGCGAAGAGCUGGUUUGCCGUCAAUAGGCUCAAGGUGAAUGAGGAC